AUGGUAGUGGGAGUCAGGGGGCCCCGUUCGUACCAGGUGGCACUCCAGAACGGACAGCUGUGGCGCUGGCACAUAGACCAGCUAAGGCACAGGGUUGGGGAUUUGGACAUUACCGCUGUGCCCCCAACUGUGGCCCCAGCUCCGGAGCAGUUGCUAAUGGAAGCCGAGGCUCCACCUACAUCUUCCUCACAAACUGAGGGCAUGGAGCAGAGCCAAGCCAUUUUGGUGGGUCUGCCUGGCUCUCCAGAGAUUCGGACCACCGCCGUGCCUGACCGUCCACCGAGUCCGCUCAUGGCCGUUCCUUCGACAGCAGUGGAGCCAGGGAACUCGGGCUCAACGCCACAUUUGGUUGCAUCACAGUCCCUGCCAGAAUUGGGCGGCCACCCGGACUCUGGUACUGGCCCUCGGCGGUCUGGCAGGGUUUCCAAGCGCCCAUCUUAUUUAAAAGACUAUGUUCACCGGACCAACUGCACAUGUAAAGCUGUAUGGUGA